AUGAACACAAAAGAUUUUGUAGUUCUUCCAUGGGGAAAAGCUGGAAAUUCUAUAAAGCUAAAAUAUAAAAAUGUUCGAGAACUGCGGUUGGAGAAAGAGCAGUUAGAGUUGGAGAACCAAGAGAUGGAAAAGAAACUACAAGAAUUAGACUCCACAGUGAACAAAGAAAUGGACAAAAGAGAGUCAAGUAGAUGUCACUGGAAAUCAGGACAAGCAGGCAAAUUGGGUAAUCGAUCACAUAUGAUGUCACAAAAUAAAGGAAAUGUGAUUAAGCUUUCUGCUGGAAAAGUGAAAUUAAAAUUACUGAAGGAUCAGCUUCAAGAGCCUACGAAACAACCGCAUAAUUAUAACAUGGCAAAUUCUUCUGAAAAUGAAAAACCCAAGAUAAAAGGAAAGGUUUGCGGACAGUGUGAGAACAAAGCUGCUCUGCUAGUAUGUCUUGAAUGUGGAGAAGAUUAUUGUUCAGGCUGCUUUGCUAAAAUUCACCAGAAGGGGGCACUGAAACUCCAUAGAACAACUCUUUUACAGGCAAAACCUCAAAUAUUAUCCAGUGUAUUGGAUGUGGCGCAUCGAUUUAUAAAGGAAGUUAAUCCAGAUGAACCCAAAGGGGAGAAUCAUUCUACAAAAGGAAUUAGUAAAGGUCCCCAUAAAUUGAAAUCUCUACUUCUGCAGGGGCGCUGCUCUGAGGUAGAAAUUACAACAUCAAAAAGAGCAGAAUCUACAAAUCAAAAAGAAGAACUCUUGUGUGAAGGAUCAUUCGAUGAAGAAGCUUCUGCCAAGUCCUUUCAGGAAGUUUUAAAUCAGUGGAGAACUAGAAAUCAUGAUGACAACGAGAAGCAAAACUUACCUGCAGAAAAACCAGACUCAAUGGAAGCAUGUGAAGUACAGACUAAUCUGAAAAUUUGGAGUGAACCACUUGAGAUUGAAUUUAAAGAAGACAGUCUGUCCUAUAUGGAAAAGUUAUGGCUUAAAAAACACAGGAGAACUCUACAAGAUGAACUUCUUAACACGCAACCAAAUGAAUCCAUACUUUCUUGUAAAACCACUCAUGAGACACAGUUUUCUCCAAAUGGAAGCGAAGAAGAAAGUGAUGUUGAAGAGAUGGAAGUGCAAUGCCCAGAGCCUCUUCUGCCAGGAGAAGAAUUAAAAAUAGAGAGACCUGAACCAUCUCUAAAGAUAGUAGAACUGGAUGAUACUUAUGAAGAGGAAUCUGAAGAACCAGGAAAUGUCGUGCCUUACAAAGUUGAAUUACCUGAUGCAGACAGGAAACAAAGUUGGACAUUUCAUGAUUAUCAAGAGAAUAAUUUUCCAUAUGAAAAUGACGCCCAUCAACAUUAUGUUUUCACUAAGGGAAAAACAGACCUCUUAAAGUUUUGUUUGACCAACAGCUCUUCAUAUUAUAAAGAUAACUCAAAAGCAGGAACUUCAAAUACAGAUUUUGACAACAUUGCUCAUCCUGAUGUUUAUUCUCCUGCCAUUGAAAAGAUAGAGGAAAACAGCUCUUGUGAAAAAAAUUUAACAGAGGAAAGUAUAGAUAUAGAAAGUAACCAAAAGUCUGCUGAUUCUUGCACACCAUUUGAGAGCAAGAAUUCUUUGCCAAGUACAGAUUUAGAAGAACCUUUCUUUAAGGAGAAAUUAUCCCAAGACAUCAAGGAAUCCUUGGACUUUAGCAAUCUGCAUGAGAGGCCAAACUUACAAGAUUCUGAAACUACCAAGUCACCACUGUUGUUACAAGAAAUAACCCUCAGAAGUAAACCUAUAACUGACCAUUAUCAAGGACUUGAGAAAUUCUUUAUUUUUGGUAAAAAUGAAAGACUCAACUUACUUCCUUCUCAUAGCUUAGAAUGCAGCUCUUGCAGUACCAGGAGUACACUUGCAGGAGACAGAGAAUGGAUCCCAGACCAUAGCUUAAGUGCAUAUGCUAAUACGAUGGUUGCCUUGGAUGUCCAGCACAGUGCCUGGAACCUAUCACCAGGUCGAACUCAGCAAAGGACAGGCCAAACAUCACAGAGACCUUCAACAGUAAAUUUACCACUUUCCAACUCUGUUAAAAAAAGCUCCAGCUGCUUUUCUUCCUCUCAUCUGCGACCAAGAAGUGCAGCUGCUCGAUCAUUAUCUAGAGCUGCUUCUGAAAUUUCAGAAAUUGAAUAUAUUGAUGUUACUGACCACAAUGAGCCUUUCUUAGACAACACUGCUGAUCAGCAAGCCUUAGACAGUUUGGAAAAGGAAUUAAACGAGCUGAGAAAUCUCGCAGAUCCUUCAGAAAAACUUUACAGCCUAACCUCAGAAGAGUCACCAGCCUUCAACAGCCGUUUGCAGAAUACAAGUGAGAUUACCACGGAUUUCCUUAAGAUCUCACACUCAAGGGGCCCCUGUGGAGUUGAGGAACAGAGUUCUUCUGGGAAAGAUAUCAAAAUUCCAUCUUGGCUGACACUUUCUGAGAGCAGUACAGAUGAGGAUGAAGAGGAUUUUCUUGACAAGCAACAUGUCAUCACACUACCAUGGUCAAAUAAUACUUAA